CGACGAGUCCUCGUUGAAUGAAACGUCCACCAUGCCUACUCACUCACAGGUUGAUUUCCAUAUCGCCAUCAACUACACGGCGGAAAGACGUGCACUGUUCGCUCAAUACACUCAUACAGAGGCGGCCUACAUUGCGAUGACAGCCUUGCACGCCCAAUUUCACGGUGUUAGGUCAGAACCACAUAGUUACGUUUGGGUCAAGGGAGACGAGGCUUUGCAAUUGAUAUGGCAGGACAUACACACUUCUACGGCCGACAUGCUAGAGGCAAUGUGGCAAAGACUUGCCGCGCCCAAAGAACCGGAUGAGUUGGCUGUAAAGGCUACAUUGGAAAUCCAUAAGAUCUACUUCAGACGAUGGCCUCCGGAAACGCGGCCUCCUUGCAGAGUCGAACAGUCAAAUACCUCAGCAUCCUCGCUAAACCCUCCGCCAGUGCUAAUUUCGCAGGUGUCGUCAGUUCCGUAUGCAACGAGCGAUCAUCAUUUCGUUGCUCUUCCAACGGGUAGAUCUUCCUCCCUCUCGGGGUCUCCUGUCCCGAUCGCCUCAUCGCUCGCCGUCUUGCCACCCCACACCAAUCUGGCACCCCCAAUACCCCGAGACGGGCGAAUAUCGGUAACUCAACCGGUGCUACCAAACCAUCCGGGGUUGGAGUAUAAUCCUCCAUCAAGUGAAGAACUAAGUCGACAAGGACCGGGUGUUCAUUCGUUAUCUCCGCCUAAAUCAUCACCCAAUGAGAGCAAAGAGGACGCGAUACGAAGACUGACAAUCGAGCUUGAGCACACGCAGAAUCAAAUGAUAUCGGCUCACACCCGGGAGCUUCAGAUCAGACGCGAGCUCGAGUGGCUAGAUGGCUGUAAGCGCGUCGACGAGACACUUACCACCGCGCAGCUCAGUGCCGAACUGCAUGCCGUCGCCCGAGUUGCUCAGGCUGAGCGAAGGCGACGUAUGGAUGUCGAGACAAUGUUGGGGCAAGCCAACGCGGAUAUCAGGAGAUCUGUCGUUGCUCCAGCGCUUCUUGAUAUGGUGAGGGAGAUUUCGACGCUGGCGGAGGUGGUUGGGGAUGGUGUCAUGCCCGCCACGGGUGCUCACUAUUAGUACUUUACUGAGCCACGACAGCUUCCGGUUAUCCUCUUUCUGCAUUCUGGAAGAAUAUACCUUUUGAUUUUACGCUUCUAAAAUUCAAUGACGAAAAUAUCGCACAGUAUUAUAACAGUUUAUAUCUUGAUUUGUAGCGACUUUAUUAUCGAACUAUCGCUC